AUGCAGGCACGGGGAGCACAGGAACAUGGAGCACUGAACAUGGAGCAUGGGAACAUGGAGCACGGGCACGGGGAGCAUGGAAACAUGGAGCACAGGCACGGGGAGCACGGGAACAUGGAGCAUGGGAACAUGGAGCACGGGAACAUGGAGCACUGGUACGGGGAGCACGGGAACAUGGAGCACGGGAACAUGGAGCACGGACACGCAGGAGCACGGGAACAUGGAGCACGGCACGGGAACAUGGAGCACGGGAACGGGGAGCACUGGAACAUGGAGCACGGACAUGGGGAGCACAGAAACAUGGAGCACGGGAACGGGGAGCACGGGAACAUGGAGCACGGGCUCGGGGAGCACUGGAACAUGGAGCACGGACAUGGGGAGCACGAGAACAUGGAGCACUGGAACAUGGAGCACGGGCACGGGGAGCACUGGAACAUGGAGAACAGACAUGGGGAGCACGGAAACAUGGAGCACGGGAACAUGGAGCACGGGCUCGGGGAGCAAGGGAACAUGGAGCACGGGAACAUGGAGUACGGGAACAUGGAGCACGGACACGUGGGGGCACAGGAACAUGGAGUACGGGCACGGGGAGCACUGGAACAUGGAGCACGGGGAGCACGGGAACAUGGAACAUGGACAUGUGGAGCCCAGAAUAUGAGCUUGUGGAGCCCAGAACAUGGGCAUGUGGAGCUGUAG